AAAUGUGAGUUGAUGUAAAAUUAGUUAGGAUUUUUUUUUGCGUUGUAUAAAACGACUUUGAUGUUGUAUUUUUUUUUUGCGAAUAAUGUAAUAUUCUUCUAAACUUAUAACCCAUGAGUUUUUACAGAAUGACGAAUAUGGUUUUAAUAACGACAGUUCUUUUGUUUAACAAAGGGUUGUUCGUACAUGCUGCAACAAAUCAUGUUCCGCAAUUUAGUAAUGAAAUUUCAGUUAUUGAAGUAAACGAGGAGGAACCAAUUGGUACUUAUGUCACAAAAGUUACAGCAACAGAUAGUGAUAAUGAUGAAGUUUUUUACAGUACAGCUGAGGACGAAGGAGGAUAUUUUGUCAUUGACAAAGAGUCUGGAAUCAUAAGAACUGCCAAAAAGAUUGACAGAGAAAGUUUAAAAUCUGACACAAUUAAGUUUAAAGUUGUGGCUGCAGAAAUUAAAAGACCUGACCAAAAUUCAGCACUACAGGUGAUCAUUCAUGUACUUGAUAUCAAUGAUAAUCCUCCAGUGUUUGAAAAAAAUUUGAAAGAAAUAAAUUUGUCUGAGAGUACACCAAUUGACACAUUUGUAACAGUCAUCCGUGCUUCAGAUGUCGACAAAAAAUCAGAACUUUUGUAUUCAUUUGUUAGCGGUAAUGAGGAUGAAGUGUUUUCUAUUGAUCAUUAUACUGGUCAAAUACGUACAAUAAAAAAUCUUGACUAUGAGACUAAAUCUAAGUAUCUACUUCGUAUAGCAGUUGCUGAUGGUCGAUCCAAGGAUCCAUUGCGACAUAUUGAAACCACAAAUUUAGAAAUAAAAAUUUUAGAUGAAGAUGAUAAUGGAGCAGUUUUUUAUACGAAUUACACUGCAACAAUAAAAGAAGGGCAACAUCAAGGAGAAGUCAUUGUGCGUGUUCAUGCAGAAGAUUUAGAUAGAGGGAUUAAUUCACCUGUAAGAUACUCAAUUGAUCCAAGUUCUAAUUAUGGAAAUAUAUUUUCUGUGGAUAGUCAAGGUGAUGUUCGAGUUCAAGGAUUAGUUGAUCGGGAAACUAUUCCCAUAUACAAACUAAAGAUUCUUGCAACGGAAACAUUAUCCUCAUUUGGUAAACAUGUGCCAGGUUAUACAUUACUGACGGUUGUUGUCACUGAUGUAAAUGAUAAUCGUCCAAAAUUUGAAAAUCUACAUUAUGUUAUAAAAGUGAAAGAAAAUGAACACUACGGUGUUGUUGUAAAAUCUGUUAAGGCUUAUGAUAUUGAUGAGGGGGAAAAUGCAAAAUUUGAGUAUCAUCUACAAGGUGCUGAUGAAGUUUUUGGUAUAACUCAAUUUGGUGAAAUAUUUGUUAAAGGAGAGCUCGAUAGAGAAAAGAAAGAUAUUUAUAAUUUUAAGGUAUUAGCCCAGCAAGCUAGUUUUCAACCUGAUGCGUAUGCUGAUGUCACUGCUAUUGUUGAAGACAUCAAUGACCAUGCACCAGUGUUUGUAAAUGCUCUUUAUACAGCUUCGAUUCGUGAAAAUGAAGCAAGUGGAGUUUUUUUGGCACAUCUUUCGGCACAUGACCUUGAUAAAGAUGAUAAUGCGAAGAUAACUUACAGCAUAUUUCCAGAUGCAGAAAAUACUUCUGCCUGCUUUCAAAUUGGAUUGACUGAUGGUCGUUUAACAACUAAGUGCUCUUUAGACUAUGAAGAAAAAACUUCUCAUUCAUUUCUUAUUCAGGCUUCUGAUAAUCCAAAGUCAGGUGAAAAAAAAUUUUCUACUACAAAAGUAAAAAUAAAUGUUUUGGAUGAAAACGACAAUAUACCAAUCUUUAAACAGCUACAUCUGUACAAGAACAUACGUUAUGAUGAAGAAAUUAAUGCACCUGUUGUUAAAGUAGAGGCAACGGACAAAGAUACUGGCAGUUAUGGUGAUAUAUCCUACCGUGUAUUAAGUGGAAAUGACCUGCAGCGUUUUCAUAUUGAUCAGAAAACAGGUCAAAUAAAACUCAUUGAUUCAUUAGCAGCAUACACAAAUAAUAAAUUCCAAUUGGUUGUUGAGGCAUAUGACAACAAUGGCAACCCUCCUUCCAAUAACUGUCAAAAUAAAAUGACUGUUUCUAUGACAGUUGACAAAAGAGGUUUGAGCAGUGUUGCUCUCUAUAUGAAUUCACCUAUUCAAACAGUCACAAAAAAUGAAGAAACUAUUCUAAGUCAGUUAAGGUCGAUACUUGAAAUGGGCAUUGCCACAGAUUUGAUUGAAAAAGGAGCUCAUCCUGAAAGCACUGUUUUUACAUUUCAUGGAUUCAAUGUUGACACAUUUGCUUUGACAAAAAAAGAAAAAAUUAUUAGCAUAUUAGACUCCUCGAAAAGUGAUUUGAUAUUCCGGUUUCGUCAUGACUGGAAUAUUACUGGAUGGAAUUUAAAUGGAAUUCCAAUUGUUGGAAGUUACACAAGUACCUCUAAAAAAAAGGAGUCAGAUAAAGUAAACCCUAUUGUUUAUGCAGUCUUGGGUUUUGUUGGCAUGAUUGUGAUUUUUGGCGUCAUUUUUACUUUAGUUUUGAUAAAGACAAAGAGAAGAAAUGAAAACAAUACACCACAUACAACUUUGCAUGAUCUCAGUUCAUCAUCAAAAAUGAGAAUGUGGGACAAUGGUUUUGAGUCAGUAUCUCAAGUUGGGGAGCCUCAAUCUUAUAUUCAAAUGACUGGUUUUCUUAAUAGAUCAACAGAAAAGUAUGACUAUGAUCCUAGCAACAUGUACAACGAGAACUGCCAUGUUGUAGAUCCUUUUGAUGCUAUUAGAGACCGGCUAAGUUCGCGUGGCUCUACUGCGUCAUCAAUAUUUGGUGCAUCAAGUGUUAUGACUGUCUGUAAAGUCCCUAAGUCACGACUAAUGCGUUCUUCUAGCGAUAUUGGGUCAACUACACCGUUAUCUAAAAAGAAAAUGUCGUGCAUUUUGGAACAGGAACGAAGACGGGCAAAUACUCUUUCAUUAGAUAGACGAGUAAAUAGGCAGCCGUUAGUAAUUUGUCGUCCUCCAAGCUAUGAUUAUGACUUUGACGAAGAAGUUCAUGACGAAAAUGAAUCACCUUUUCAUAUGAAACAAUUUGAAAAUUAAUUAUUUUUUUUUUAAUAAAUAUAUAUAUUGUAAAUGUGAAAAGAUGGUUGCAAACCUACUGAAAAGAAUACAAUUUUGAACGCUUGCAUAAA